AUGUAAUUAUCUGCAAACUAUAAUUCUAUUAAUGUAUUUCAGAUGCAAUCAGAAUAGAAGAAUAAUUUAUUUGCAAAAGAAACAAUGGAAGAUCACAAUUUAACUUAAAGUGAAAAUCAAGCAAAUCUCUAUGAAAAGGAAGAUCAUUAAAAAGAUGAAAUGACAUUUUUGCACUAAGGAGGCAUAUUUCAUAAUGUGAAUCCUAGUUGUGAUGAAGAUAGUUCAAUCUAAGUUUUUGUAUAAACACCGAAUGGCAGAAUUCUCUCUUUGGGCGUUAACAAUAAUGUUGAUUAUUUAGAAUAGAUAACAGACUAUAUUUAACAAAAAGAAGGCAUACCCCCUAAGAGGCAGAAAUUAUAUUUGGGUCCUAAAAUAUUGGAUAAAAUUAAUAGUAAGACAAUAAAGAAAAAUUCAACUUUGCAUCUGAAAAUAAGUUCUAGCAAUAGUAUUAUUGUAGUAUACAAUAACUAAAGACAUUUUAUUGAUAUUAAUCUAAAUGAAUGUGUUAGAGACAUAAAAUUUAAGUUAUUACAAGAAUAUGAAUAUCCAUUUCAUUCAUAACUACUAAUUUUCAAGAAUAGGCUAUUAAAAGAUGAUUUUAAAUUACAUGAUUAUAAAAUUCAAAAGCAUUCUGUUAUUCUAUUGAAGUUGAAAAACUUUAUUUAUAUCAAUCAAGCAUCAAAAAAUAGAAGAUUUAUGAGAAAUUUAGAAGCAAAAAUGACAAUUAAAGAGUUUAAGAAAAAAUUGCAAUCCAAAUAUACUGGUUUAGGUGAUUUUCACUUAUUGUACAGGGAUUAAAUCUUAAAAGAUGAAAAAGAGUUAUAGUUUUACAACAUUGCUGAUUUUUCAAAUUUAGAACUCGUUGAAAAAUAAUACAUAAAAUUUUCAAUUAAUAUCAACAAUAUUAAAUUGGAAAUGGAAAAAGAAUAAUAUGAAACUAUAAUAGACAUCAAGAAGGAAAUUUAAUCGUAAUUAGAAUAUCCAGUUUUUAAACAACACUUGUUUUAUAAAGGAAUAGAGUUAGAAAAUGAUGUGAGAAUAAUUAAAUACAAAAUUGAAGAAGACAGUAAAUUAUUUUUAUUUAAUAACUUAAAAUAACCAUAUGAAAUUGUAAUAGUUGAUGAUUUUGAUGAUUUUGUCGUCAAUAUAACUCUAAAUGAUAAGAUCUAUGCACUUAAAAAUAAGAUAUGUGAAUCUUAAUCUCUACUAUUUCCAAAUGCUAUUCAUUUAUUUUACCAUGGAAGGUUAUUAAAAGAUAAUAAAGAUUUGGCAUACUACAAUAUCCAGAAUUAUGACUUUAUAAGCAUGGAAUAUGAUGAAGAUUUUUGA